AGGACCAACGGCUCUCUCUUUCUCGUCCGGCGGCGCAUCAACGGCGCAGGUUAGGCGGCGACAGCUCAACGAUAUCUGACUAUUGCGGGUACUGUUCUUUCCAACCCAUCUUUUCAUGGAGAGAAUACACGUCGCCGUCCGGCCAAGGCCCCUAUCCUCUGAGGAUGCUAAGACCAGCCCUUGGAGAAUCUCCGGCAAUUCCAUCUUCAUCCCUAACCACUCCACCAAGUUUGAAUUCGAUCAAAUUUUCCGCGAAGAUUGUAACACAUUUCAAGUAUAUCAAGCUUGCACCAAGGACAUAGUUGCCGCUGCUGUUCGUGGGUUCAAUGGAACGGUUUUUGCUUACGGACAAACUAAUAGUGGGAAAACCCAUACAAUGAGGGGCUCGCGAACAGAACCGGGGGUCAUCCCUCUUGCGGUGCAUGACUUGUUUGAGAUUAUUCAACAGGAUGUUGAUCGAGAGUUCCUUCUUCGAAUGUCAUACAUGGAAAUCUAUAAUGAGGAGAUAAAUGAUUUAUUGGUUCCUGAACAUAGAAAAUUGCAGAUUCAUGAGAAUCUAGAGCGUGGAAUAUAUGUUGCUGGGUUGCGUGAAGAAAUUGUUGCCUCUUCUGAGCAAGUCCUUGACCUCGUGGAGUUUGGAGAAUCUCAUAGACAUAUUGGAGAGACAAAUAUGAAUUUAUACAGUAGUAGGUCGCAUACUAUUUUUCGCAUGAUUAUUGAGAGUCGUGAUAGAAGUGAAUGUGAAGAAAAUGGCAAUUGUUGUGAUGCUGUCCGUGUGUCAGUGUUGAAUUUAGUGGAUCUUGCUGGUUCAGAACGUGCCGCAAAAACUGGAGCUGAAGGUGUGCGUCUCAAAGAGGGUUCCCACAUAAACAAAAGCUUAAUGACUUUGGGAACUGUGAUUAAAAAAUUAAGUGAAGGUGCUGAGAGCCAAGGUGGUCAUGUUCCUUAUCGAGAUAGCAAGCUUACACGAAUCCUACAACCUGCACUGGGGGGAAAUGCUAAUACAGCUAUGAUAUGUAAUAUAACUCUUGCUCAGAUACAUUCAGAUGAGACUAAAAGCAGUCUCCAAUUUGCUAGCAGGGCAUUACGUGUCACAAACUGUGCCCAAGUCAAUGAGAUUUUGACAGAUGCGGCACUGUUGAAACGUCAAAAGAAAGAGAUUGAAGAGCUGCGAGCAAAAUUGCAGGGUUCUCAUUCUGAGCAUUUGGAAGCUGAGGUUCUGAGCCUUCGAAAUACAUUAUUACAGACUGAACUGGAGAGGGAAAGAAUAGCUUUGGAGUUGGAAGAGGAGAAGAAAGCUCAAGCUGAAUGGGAAAAGAGAGUAAAAGAGCAGGCCAGGAAAAUUGAAAAUUUGAGUUCAAUGGUUCUGUUUUCAAACAGGGAUGAGACUCGUGACCACACCAAAAAGGAGAAGAGGCGGGAUACAUGGUGUCCUGGCAAACUUUCAAGGGAAAAUCUAAAUGAUGCAUACCCUAGUAUCCCGUCAAAGGCCUCUGCUAGAAAAUCCGUUAAACCCGUAAGAGACAUAGGACCUCUCAUUCCGUUCGAGGAACUAGUAAACGAAAGCAUUCCUGUGGUGCAAUCCGAUAAGCAAGGAGAUGAUUUUAGUGCUGCUGCUGGCAAUAGCUGUAAUCUACCUCAUGCUUGUGCUUUAUUGCAUGUAACCAACAGAAAAAAGGUUCCAGCAAGGAAAAAAAGCUUAUCCAUGGAUGACAAUGAGUUAUUUAACAUGAGCGCAGAAUAUGAGGACUUGUUUCUAGAAUUUGUAGCUCAGAUAAUAAUGAGUGAGAUACAAAUUCAAUGCUUGGGAGAACAGUUAGCAAAAACAAAUUCUCUUCAAUCUGCUGAGUCUAUUGACUGUUCAAAUUAUGUCGAUAGGAUUUGUUUUAAUGGGGAUAAAAAUUCGAGCCUCAGAGAAUCAGAGGCUAUUAUGAUUAUCAAGAGACUUCAAGAUCAGAUCGAGGUUUUGAAAAUGGAGAAGUCCUCUAGCCAACAUGACCUGGAUAAUGUUGUUGAUCUGGCUACCAAGCAGAACAUACAUGCCCAAGAAAAAAUUGAAGAGCUCUACGAAGAGCUUCUUGAUGCGCGGGAAACAGCACGGGUGGCUAAUGAAAAGCAUACUUCUUGUGAAAGUGUGAACAAAGUUGAUGUAUGCUUUUGGAGCUUUUUCUUGAACGAUGGGGAUUUGGAUUUCAUGAUCAAUAUUUCAAUGGAAGUUCAAGAAAUAACAUCGGAAGUACAAAACUCAAAAGAAACAGUUCAUACUGUUGUUUUGCUUAUGGAUGAGGUUGCUAAAAGUUUCUCUGCUCUCUGUGAUGUGUUCCUGGAUUUAAAAACUUCACUAUCCCAGUGUUCAGCAGAACAAAAGUUAAUUUUGAGUAGCUAUCAGAAGUUGAAUUCUUGCUUGAGACAAAAAGUAUCUGAACUUGAGAACGAAAAGAUUCUUCUAGUCAAUGAAUCAGCUGAUCUUCAAAAGCAGCUUCAGGAAUCAAAGCUUCAUGUGCUAAAUUCCCAAAAUUCUAUGGCGGAACUUUCAGAACAGCACCAAUUGGAAAAUGCGGAAUUGCUUUCUUAUAUUCAAACUCUUGAAAAAGAUGUAUCGUGCUUAGCAUCAUCUACGUUGGUUAAGGAAAAGGAAGCCUUAAGAAAAGAUCUUGAGAAGACAAGAACCAAAUUGAAAGAAACCGAGUGUAAGCUCAAGAUUGCCAUACAAGAGAGAACAAAACUUGAGGGUGAGAAAGCAUAUGCUGAACGGGAGAUAAAAAGACUGCACAGUCAGAAUUCUCUUCUUGAACGUGAUAUUAAUAAACGCGAUUCACUUGCUGGUAGAAGGCGUGAUUCAGUUAUUGAAAGGAGUUCGAAGCUGUUUGAUUCGAAAAGACCAAAGGGUCUCGCUAUUCCCCUUGAACAGACAUUUCAGGAAGAUUACAAAAGGCUGGAAGUUCUUGCAUUUGAAUCAGAAACAAGAAUCACUUCUUUGGAAGAACAACUGUCAGCUGCGUUGAAGGAGAAAGAAGAUCUAAUAUCUUUCAAUGAAAGUUUGGCUUCAGAACUGGAAAACUUGACUGAUAGGCUGAACACGUCAAACUCUGAACUAUGUAAUUUGAACGAAGAGAUUUCUGCUCUUAGACAACUGCUCGAAGAAUCUAAUUCUCACCACGAAAAAUUGGAAAAAUCUAUCAAGAUGUUGGUUGAAGAAAAAGAAGAGUUGGCAAUGCAACUUACAGAUGCCCUUUUGCAAAUGGAGGAGGAAAAGGCAAUAUGGUCUGCAAAGGAGAAAGCUGCAGCUCAGGCUAUAGAAGAAAAGGCAAGGUUAAACAAUGUGCAGACUAUGUCAUUAUCAAAAGAAUUAUUAGACGUAAAGAAUGAACUGGAAUCUUAUAGAGAACAAUGCAAGGUCCUCAGGGAAAGAUUGACUUGUUCGAAAGAGGAUUCACAUUUCAAGGACAAAUCUAGAUACAGGGAGAAUUCUUUGGAGAUUGAUCAGCCAACGAACCAUGAGGACACAACGGAUAAUGCCAAGAACAACGAACUCCAAGAAGUGUCAAAAUCGUCUAUUGGGAAUCUGUCCUUGGGGCAUGACUAUACUGACAACGAGAGGGUAAAUAUGCUUCAGGAGACAAACGUACUUGAGGGCAGUAAUCUAUCAACAGAACACACGAACGAGUUUCAGAAUCUCACAGAACAACUCAGCGUCGUUACAAAAGAAAGGGACAAUAUAUUGAUCGAAUUGGAAGAGCGCCGAAAUAAUGUAAUGGGAGCGGAACAUCAACGAAAACAUUGCUAUGAUGAGCUGUCGAAGGCACAAGUCCAAGUAGAGGAACUAAGUACGAAAAUUUGCAGGAUGGAAGCCAAAAUGCAUGGGGAUGGCGUGAGAAAUAACAAGGAGAUGACAAAGCUUAGAAUGAGGCUUCGGGGAACACAAGCGAAGCUAGAGGCCUUCCGUGGAAGAUACAAGGAAGCCAUCGAUGAAUCUGAUUUAAUGAAUAGAAAGUAUGAGGAGGGUGCUGUAAAGCUGAAGAAUCAGUUGGCUUCCAAAGCCAUGGAAGUUCUUGCACUAAAGAAAGAAUUGUCUGCCGCCAGAGCGCAUCAUCAAGUAUGUUCAUAAUUGUUGAUUUUGUACAGUCUUGUUGUACAUCAUUGCUGUAACAGUAUUAGGAACUCUUGGUUCCUGACGAGGUCACUCCAUUUUUUGGGCUGGAUGCGUUGCUUGUCAGAUUGCUAUGGUCUCUUUAUCGGCAGUCUCGUGCCGCAAAUCUAGUUUCAGGAAAUCUGUAAAUAAAUUAUUCUGGCAUUGGGUUAAUUAAGCCUUUGUAAAAAUGGAUUCCAUGCAGGCCGUACUCAUUACUUC